AUGUUGGCGGUGUUCGUCUAUUACUCCGUGACGGAUGACGACCAGAGCGAAACGCUGUCGGACGACGAACCCGUGCCGAUGGACUCGGUGUUCAUCUACCGGCCGGAUAAACGCGGCCAAGUAUGGAGAUUCCUGCUCUACAUGGUUCUGCACACUGGAUGGAUACACUUGCUUUUCAACUCAGUGGUCCAAAUACUGGUCGGACUCCCGUUGGAAAUGGUUCAUGGGAGUCUCCGCGUUUGUGCGGUGUAUUUAAGCGGGGUUCUGGCUGGAUCGAUUGCGACAUCGAUUUUUGACCCUGACGUUUACUUGGUCGGUGCGUCCGGCGGAAUUUAUGCCUUGCUAGCAUCUCACCUCGCCAAUGUUGUUCUUAAUUUUUCGAGCAUGGAGCACGGAAUUGUCAGGAUCGUUGGGAUCGUCGUCAUUGGAUCGAUUGCGACAUCGAUUUUUGACCCAGACGUUUACUUGGUCGGUGCGUCCGGCGGAAUUUAUGCCUUGCUUGCAUCUCACCUCGCCAAUGUUGUUCUAAAUUUUUCGAGCAUGGAGCACGGAAUUGUCAGGAUCGUUGGGAUCGUCGUCAUUGCUGCUACGGAUAUUGGGUUUGCAGUCUACCACAGAUACUUCAGCCUCUCUCAAGCAGCAGUUCCAGUCUCCUACGCUGCUCACGUUGGAGGAGCUGCAGCAGGGUUCUUCAUAGGACUGCUGGUGUUGCGCUGCUUUGAAAAGAACAAGUGUCAAGUGCUCCUGCGUUACCUCGCAUUCGGAGCUCUGUGUACAUGGAUCGUCUUCGUCUUCGUAUUCUACAUCCUGGGGGUCUGA